AUGUUAGAAGCCAUACUGAAUUUUUUCUAUUGGCUUUUGGCUUUGAUCGGAUUAGGCCAAGCAACACAACAACAACAAAUUGUCGCUCCGGAACAACAUCAAGAUGAAGAAGAACAUCAUCAUCAACAACGAAGAAAUAUUCCGGCAGCAAGAGGACAAAUACGGAGAAGAAAGAAUGCUGCUGCUUCUGCUUCAUCAUCAACAAAUGAUGAUCACGAAUCUGCUAGUAGUGGCAGUGAUGAAAGUGAUGAUGAUGGUUCGGAUCAUGAUUCUGAAGCUGGGGAAGAAGAUAUUCAUAUUCAUUCUAAACUUACAAGAAAUGAACGUGUAAAUUUGAAAAAGAUGGAAAAGAGACGUCAAAAGCAAGCCUUGAAGGAACAAAGAGAGGCCAUGGUUCAAGCUGAAAAGGAGAGAAAGACUCAAAUGAAAAAGAAAAUGGAAGAUGAGGAAUUGGAACGUGAAGAAAAGGAAGCUGAAUUGAGAGAAGCUGAAAGAAUUCAACGUGAAGAAAAGGAAAAGAAAAAACAAGAGGAAUAUGAAGAAUGGCGUCACUUGUUUGAAGUUUCUGAACAAGGUGAAGGAAUUGAUUCUGAUAUGACUCAUAAUGAGAGCAUUUUGAGUGAAUUUAUCAAUUACAUCAAGGAUCAUAAAGUGGUUGUUCUUGAAGAUUUGGCAAGUGAGUUCAAGAUCAAGACUGAACAUUGCAUUAAUAGAAUUAAAUCUCUUGAAGAGGAGGGUAAAAUAACAGGUCUCCUGGACGAUCGUGGUAAAUUUAUUUAUAUUUCCAAGGAAGAAAUUGAAAAGGUUAAACAAUUUAUUUUACAAGAAGGUAGAAUUAGCAUUUCAGAUUUGAGAAAUGAAAGUAACAAGUUAAUUAAUCUCAAACCAAAGGAAGAAGAUGUAAAUAUUGAGGAAAUUCUGGUGAAAUAA